AGUCCUGAGUGGGACAGGAAAUAUCUGAUGCCCUCCCCUCUCCCGCGGUGUUGCAUGCUGGGGAGUCUCUCUCUCCUACACACCCCGUCUCUGCCCCAUGUGUGCUGUCGUGCUAUUGGGGUGGGGGGCCCUAGCUCUGUCUCUAACCUGUCCUCCCCAGGCGUCCCAUUCGUGCUGCGCUGUGGUAAGGCCCUGAACGAGCGCAAGGCCGAGGUGCGGCUGCAGUUCCGGGACGUGCCGGGCGACAUCUUCCAGCGGCAGUGCAAGCGCAACGAGCUGGUGAUCCGGGUGCAGCCCAACGAGGCCGUCUACACCAAGAUGAUGACCAAGAAACCUGGCAUGUUCUUCGACCCCGAGGAGUCGGAGCUGGACCUGACCUACGGCAACCGCUACAAGGAUGUGAAGCUGCCGGAUGCCUAUGAGCGACUCAUCCUGGAUGUCUUCUGUGGCAACCAGAUGCACUUUGUCCGCAG